CGUCCGACCUCAAGGGCACUCCUUGCGAUGCUAAGGGGAACAAGGUGAGCAGAUCUGAGUCGGCGGGGCCCACCGAGUUUUUGCAGGUUUCUCGCCGAGAGGUCACCCCCACGCCGCGUCACUCAUUACCCAGACCACUAGCAAUAGCAGCGCGUGACGUGAACGAACGUUCCCGUGAGGGGGAGCACAAGGAAGCGCCGGGGCGCGCGCAUUGGCUGGUGAUAGCUCGCUAGGAGGAAGGCCGUAGACAUGAACAGCUCGUCAGCCGUGACCGCCCCCAGCUCGAUGCAGCAGCCCAGGUGAACCGUGGAUCUAAUGCCACCUCCAGACAAGGCAGUAGUGGAAAGAAAAUAUGGCGAUUGCACUUUGCUCACUGUGUCUCGGAAAGUGAGUGCACUCUCUUGUAUAGGUGUGCAUUGAAAGGCACAGAAUCAACCGGUCACCUCAACUACUACAGAUUUCGGAGUGAAAAUACUUUGUCUCCAUGCUGCAGUACACUCUGCACUGAAAAGUUGAACACCUGCCUGUAAUUGCACACUCAUAGAAGGGAGCGGAUUUGGUAUUUUACAAACAGGACUGAUAGAUACUCGGAGGUAUUCAUGGAUAUAGUUGACACAUUCAACCAUUUAAUUCCUACUGAACACUUAGAUGAUGCCAUUUUUCUAGGAACGAACCUAGAAAGUGAAGGUGGCGAGGAAUUUUCCACAAGCCAGCAUGUCAUAGAAAAUUCUCUGAAGAACAUGCUGAGUGACAAGGAUCCAAUGUUAGGAUCUGCAAGUAGCCAAUUCUGCUUACCAGUUUUGGAUAGCACUGAUUCUAAUUUGCAGAUGUCCUCUUCAUCAGGUGUUGGCCUUGAUGAAAUAAUGGAUGUGGGUGUCGGUAAAGUAACUGUUAAUGACCCCAAUGAUGAAGAGGAUCUGAUUUUGCCAAACAAAGAUAUUAAUAGAUUACAUGAACCUCCAAUGAAGCCACUAAGAAAAUCUCCACGUUUCAUAGAACAGGAUUGUGUAAGAAAUCUGAGACAGCAACCAACAGAGAAGCAAUCAAGUCCUUCAAAAGUAAAAAGUGUCUUGCCCCCAGAGCAUGAAGUGAAAAGAAGUAAAAGAAGCAGCAGUCCGUCAGAACAAAUUCACACAUCAUCUUCAGGUUCAAGAAGGUCAACAAGAGCAGCACAUAAACAAUUUACAGAUAAAAUCCUAACAGCUGAGCAGAAAGAUGAAAACCAAUUAAGCAACACUUGUGACGAAACAAGAGAUCCUUUACCACUGGAACUGAAAGAUCACUCUGAAAAUGCAAACCUCUUUAUUUUAUCAAAAGAAAAGUGUGAUAAAGAACAAUGUGUAAUUAGUGAACCUGUGCUAACCCAUUCACAAACUACUAAUCAUACAGUAGCUGAGUUGUUAACACAAACAGCAGAUGAACAUGUUUAUGAAGAAGAGAUUUUUAAUACUGAUAAAAAAACAGAUGUCAUUUAUGAUAAUGUUCACAAAGAGUUAGCGCUCUUAUCUGGGGUUGUUAAAUGUGACUUGGAUGUUGAAAAAAUUGCACACUCAUCUGUAAGUGAUGGUUCAUUAGAAAAUCCAAUUGAUCAGAAAGUCACAGUCACUGAUAUUGCUGAAAGCAAUAUAUCGACAUACAAUGAACUUGUGAAAGAAGAAGAAAAGCUGCUGACAUCAGGCAAAAAAAUGUUACAGGAGGAAAAAGGCAGCAUUAAACUAAGUAAUGUUAAAAAAGGUUUGAGGAAGCAAAAAUCUACUUCAGAUAAAGCUAAACCUCAUUUGCAGCCAUCAUCAAAAACUCCUAAAAAAGUAACUGCUAUAAAAAAUACCCGCAUGCAUUUGAAGAGUCAGAAAGGUAAAGCUAGUGGCCUUAAAAGAGCAGACAGUUUUACAGGGCACGUAAACAAUCCAGAAAGACAGAAUGUUGUCAAAGUAAAGAAAAUGUUGCCAGAAAAUAUAAAGAAUGUUGUAGGUUCUUCAAAUGAAAAGCUGACAAAAAAUGUGUGUUCUGGUGAAAAAACUGCUAAUUUAGAUAAUCCCAUUAAACACCAUAUGGAGGAUUUCAGUGAUAAUCAUUGUGGUUUCAGAGAUAUUGCACAUCCUUCGCAGGCUCAUGUUCGAACCCGCACCAAGAGUUUGUCUCAGUCUACUGAAAAAGCAUCUAAGAAUCUUCUAUCAACAAUAUCCAAAGCAAGCUUUCAAGGAAAAGAUUUUGGGGAACAGACAGAGGCAUUGGAUACUUCAGAAGAAAAACCUAAACUGAAAAAAUCAGUUCCACCUCGACAAAGAAGAAGUAGCAAAAGCAUUUCUGUUGAUGAACCACAAUUGUUUGUUCCAGAUAACAUUCCGGCUGUAAAGAAAGAUGGAACAGAAUUAACCUGUGCAAGUGAUAAGAUUGCAGGAAGCUCCAUCCGACAUUGUUGCUCAUGUCGAAAACUUCAUGGCAAUAAGUUUAUGGUAGGUUGUGGAAGAUGUGAUGAUUGGUUCCAUGGAGAAUGUGUUGGUCUGAGCCUUUCCCAGGCCCAGCAUAUGGAAACUGAAGAUAAAGAAUAUUUAUGUCCAAAGUGCUGUGCUGAAGAUGAAGCAAUGGAAGCUAAUGACUCAAGUGUUUAUGAUAAUCACCAGAAAAUUGAAGUGCGACAAGAGAAUAAAAAAGAAUCCGAGAAAACAUCGAUAAAGUCAUCGCCCAUAAGUAGCCCCGGUAUAUCGCAUGACAACCCAAAACAGAGAGAGGAUUCAAAGCACAAGGUUAAAGCAUUAAGAAAGGAUUCUGGAGAUGGAAAGCAAGUGACUGAUAGCAAAGAUGGCGAUCUUAAAAAACAUGCACUGUUACAGCGGAAAGCAGGUGCUACAGAAACACAUCAGAAUUCUGAGGAGAAACACGAAAGGCCUUCAAAAGAGUUGUCAAAUUCUCAGUGUAAUGAUGAAAAAAAUACAAAAUUAGGUGUUCAUGAAAAACAAGAUAACAAAAAGAAGAAACAAGAAAGGAAAGGGCCACCACCUAACCUGCAGACUUCUUCUCCUCCAACUCCUAAACCUUCUAUUGAUCAGAUAAGACAAAGUGUCCGUCAGUCUCUGAAAGAUAUCUUACAGAAAAGGAUUUCAGAAUCAAGUUCCAAGAUUCCAGAGGAGAGAGCUAUAAAAGUUUCAUCCAGAAUUGAAAAGGAACUGUUUUCUUUUUACCGAGACACAGAUUCAAAGUAUAAGAACAAAUACAGAAGCUUGAUGUUUAAUCUUAAAGAUCCUAAAAAUAAAGUUUUGUACAAAAGAGUACUGAAGGGAGAAAUCACGCCUGAACAUCUUAUCAAGAUGAGCCCAGAAGAACUGGCUUCUAGGGAAUUAGCAGCUUGGAGACAACGGGAAAACAGACAUACUAUUGAGAUGAUAGAAAAGGAACAGCGUGAAGCUGAACGAAGACCAAUCACCAAAAUCACACAUAAAGGUGAAAUUGAAAUAGAAAGUGAAACCCCCAUGAAAGAAACAGAAGUCAUGGAUUCAGAGGAAAUUUGUGUUAAACCUGCUGAAAAGGAGGAAGAAAUUCAAAAAGAGGAAGAAUUAGCCACUGAAUCCUCAGACACCACAUCACAUCAUAAAAAUCAUCUCUUUGAUUUAAACUGUAAAAUAUGUACAGGUCGAAUGGCUCCUCCUGCUGAAGAAAUUUCACCUAAAAAAGCAACUAAUUCCUCAGGAUUAGUGCACAAACAGUCGGAUAACGGAGCAGACGGUAUAGCUGAACCCCUUUCCUCAUCCACCAGUAUGUUGAAAAUAGAUGCACUAGAAGGAGGAAAACAGGAGCCACUGCAUGACAGAUUAUCUUCCACUGCUUCCAGUUCUGAGCAAUUCCAUAUAACUGAUACAGCAGAGGAUGAAUCAACAUUUCUGGCACGUUUGAACUUAAUUUGGCAAGGAUUUCUUAAUAUGCCUUCAGUGGCAAAGUUUGUAAUCAAAGCUUAUCCAGUGUCUGGAUCUUUGGAACACUUAGCCGAGGACCUACCUGAAAGUAUUCAAGUUGGAGGGAGAAUCUCUCCACAAACAGUUUGGGAUUAUGUAGACAAAAUUAAAGCAUCUGGGACAAAGGAAACCUGUGUAGUUCGGUUUUGUCCUGUUGCAGAAGAAGAUCAAAUAACUUAUACAUUACUGUAUUCAUAUUUUAGUAGCCGGAAACGCUAUGGUGUAGUUGCAAAUAAUAUGAGGCAGGUAAAGGACAUGUAUCUCAUUCCUUUAGGGGCCUCAGAAAAAAUUCCACAUUUUUUUGUACCUUUUGAUGGACCUGGACUUGAAGCCAAUAGACCGAAUCUGUUAUUGGCUUUGAUUAUCCGACAAAAAGUAAAGAGACUUCAUAGCAUCAGCAUUGAUGAUGAACCUCCUGGAGGAUUACUUGGCGUUCCUGCAGAAAAAAAGAGCAGGGUCGAAUGUAAUGAUGAUGAAGAAGAAGAAGAAGAUGAAAAAAAUGAUUUUUUUAACUCAUGUUCUGCUGUAUUACAUAAAAAUAGAAACAGGCCACAACCUUCAGAUACUGAAGAACCACAGGCUGUUACUGAAUGUGUACCAGAGACAGUUAAACUUAGGCCACAAAAGCCACUCCGAUUUCUUCCAGGGGUAUUAGUUGGCUGGGAAAAUCCACAAUCUACUCUGGAUUUGGCAAGCAGACCUCUACCUGUUGAGGAUAUAUUACAGAGUCUUUUAGGCACUACAGAAAAUACAUUUGAUCACAAGCCGGUUUCAUCCCAGGUUAAAAAGUCAUUAAUAGAAGAUACAAGUAGUAUUAUAGAAGUGGCUGAAAAGUCAGAUGACAUAAUUGUACAAACUGAGACGGUGGAGGAAUCAACAUCUUUAAUUACAGUUUCAGCUACAAAUUUACAAGGCAUUUCCCUCAAAGGAAAACCACCUGAUGUUUCUACUGAUACUUAUUUGUCCAACAUUAAUUAUAAUGAGGAAUCAUUAGAUGAUGAUAUAUAUCAAUCCACUGAAGAUAAGAAUGAUUUUGACACAUAUGCACACUUAAACAAAAUGAGUAGUGAUGAGAGCAAUUCAGUUUCUGGUGAAAACACAACUCCCACUCCAUCACAUACUAAAAGGGAUCCAAGACAAGCUGCUGGAAGGGGACACCAUAUUAAUUCUUCAGACAUCAAAGAUCAGGAUUUAAGUAACAUAGAAGAAAACACAAGUAUAGAUCAAGAAGAUAUGGAAAGUAUUUCAUUGCAUAAAAAAGAUAAAUCAAAAAAACAGUCAUACAGAGAAAAGGAUUUAUCUAAAGGUGGCAAGUCAUUGCAGUAUUCUUUGACAAUGGAAAAGGAAAUAGAUUACAAACCAUCAAAAGCCAGUGAAACAAAGCCAUUUCUUCAGAAUAUCCUGAUCGAUGACACUGAUCCCUUACAACAAUUUAGAAGAGCUUUGGCUGCAAAUAAAGCCCAAUCCCAAACUUUAAAUAAUCCUCAGUCGCAAACAUCCUCUGCACCUUACACAGAAACUUCUAAAAAUUCCAUUCCUUCUUUUGGUGGACUAAAGCUGCAGCAGUCUCCGUUUCUUUCUGUGAAGAACAACCCAUCUUUAUUUCCAUUCCAACAUAAUCCAAGCUUUUCACUUCAAAGCAAUGCUAUCUUUCCCUACCCACCACACAUACCACCUCUGUUGCCUACUCCUCUGGGCAUGGGCUUUCCAAGGCCACCUAGAUUUACUUCUACUGACAAUAUACUUCAUAACCCAUUAGUAGCUUGGCAUCCAGCGAUGCAGUUGUCCAGACAACCUCCACCAUAUUUAGGACAGGUGAAACCCGGACCACUUUUGGGACCUGAACAAACAAGAUACCAGAUGCAGCAAACGUUUGCUCAUAAAGAUCAUAGACCAGAAAGGCGCCAUAGUGAUCCGUGGGACAAACAAGAUCGAAUUUCUGAAAGGUCAUCUAGUCGAGGAAGUAGAGGUGAAUAUAGACAAAGGUAUUAUAGUGAAUCUCAUCACUCAAGGGAAAAGAGGCAAUAUGAAAAAGAUUCUGACAAGGACUCAGAAAGAAGUCGGCGUAGAGAAAGGGACAAAGAAAGUGCUCGUGACAGAGACAGGAAAAGCCGUGAUGAUUCACACAGAGAAAAAGAUAGAUCAAAAUCCUCUUAUAGUGACAAAUGUGGUGACAGAACUCAUAAAGAAAGUAAAAGUGUUGAUAAAUCUAAAAAUGAGGAGAGAAUCCAUGAUAAAGAAAAGAGCAAGGAAAGAAAUAGAGACAGGGAAGAGGAAAAAGAAAGAGAGAAAUCGCGCAGGGAGAAGGCACUUGAUCACAGUGACAGAAUAAAGAGUAGAAAAUAAAUGCUUCCAUUCUUUUUAGUUUUACCACUAGAGUUGUGCCAUCAAUUUCCUAGCGUUUAGUGUUUUUCUGAAAUAUAAUCUGUUAUAAAACCCAAAUAUUCACCGGAAGUAUUACUGGUACAGAAUUGUCAAAAAAGUAAUUUUAUAACAGAUAUUUUACACUACUAAGUUCAAUAUUCCAAUGCAUUGUUGUCUGAAUAUGCAAUAAGAUUCAAAUUAUUGUUGAAAAGUUUUACAUGGUAUGCCACCAGACAUGAUUGAGAUUUUCAUUAAUAUUUUAAAGUAAACUCCUCUACACAAAUUUAUUUUUAAAUUGCACUGUUCUUAAAAAAUGUAAUAUUUGGAUUAUGAAACUUACAACUGGUGCUUUUAAAAACUUUAUUUUUUAGAAAAUAACAUAAAAUGUUCAGUGGAAUGUUACACAAAUAAGCAUCAAAGUUGAUAAGCAUCAAAGCUGAUUGUAUCAUGGAUUAUGAGGCGUAAGCAAUUAGUUUU